CCUUAAAAUACUUAAAAUACUGAUUUAAGACUGUAACCUAAGGUAAAUUUUGUGUGAACACAAAUUUAACAGUCAACGAUUACGAAGUAAAGUUUUAUUGGUGUUUACUUGAUUUUUAGGUAAAAUGGCUCUGGAUCUUAUUUGUGGGAUGGACAGGUUUUUCCCUGAGAAACAAGGAAGGGGAACAAAGGAUGAUAUACAUUUUGACAUCAGUGGAGGUGCUAAUUUCAUAAAUCACACUGUGCUGGCUUUGCCACCAUUCGGUGAACCUGAAAAACUAUCAGAUUUUAUUGUUGGGCCAGAUGGAAAGAAGCUUAGAAUUGAUUUUGAACAUGGAACCACCACUCUGGGAUUCAUGUACCAAGGCGGCAUCGUACUUGCCGUUGACUCCCGAGCUACCGGAGGAAGUUACAUUGCGUCCCAAUCGAUGAAGAAAGUGGUAGAGAUCAACGACUACCUGCUGGGCACCAUAGCGGGAGGAGCCGCGGACUGUGUGUAUUGGGACCGAGUGUUGACCAAGCAGUGUCGCAUGUACGAGCUGCGCAACAGAGAACGUAUCUCAGUGGCAGCUGCGUCCAAACUCAUGACCAACAUGAUCUACAACUACAAAGGCAUGGGAUUGUCUAUCGGCAUGAUGAUUGCUGGCUGGGAUAAGCGAGGCCCUGGACUAUACUACGUGGACAGUGAAGGCACCCGCACGCCUGGCAAGGUGUUUUCAGCGGGCUCAGGGUCCACAUACGCUCUGGGAGUUUUGGACUCUGGUUACCGCUGGGACCUGAGUGACGACGAGGCUUACGAGCUUGGCCGCCGCUCCAUCUACCACGCUACCUUCCGAGACUCUUACAGUGGAGGCAUCGUCAGAGUAUACCACAUGAAGGCUACUGGCUGGGUUCACAUUUCUGAUGAAGAUUGUAAAGAUCUCCACUACGCAUAUGCUGACAAGAAAUAAGUGUCCUCAAAAAGAUUCAACCUAUUAUUUGAUGUUUAUAAGCUUAACCUAAUAAAUUUUUUCUUAUGA